AUGAAUAACCAACAAUUCCGCCGUCUCGUCCUCGACAAUCCAUCCAAACCCGCACGCGAUGUUCCCCGCGACGCCUCCAACACUCCCACUGCCACCUCAGUGGGCUCACGACGACAUUCCAGUAUCUCGAUGACACCCCGCUCUGUCACCCACGUCGACUUCGCUCGGCAACUAGCCGAACACCGCGAGACCGACCAGCCGCCCGCGAAAAAAUUCAAAUCCUCAGCGGCGCCCAAAGGGACCAAGCUGCCUGCGGGCUACGAAGACCGUGCGGCUCGACUGCGAACGACCGCGACAGCUACCGCGACCGACGCGACUGACUCCGACCUGCAGAAACGCGUCCAGGCACUGGAAGAGAUGGUGAAACUCGGACAGAUCGAUCAGACGACGUUUGAGAAACUACGCAGGGAACUGGGAGUUGGUGGUGAUGUCGGUAGUACCCAUAUGGUGAAGGGGUUGGAUUGGGAGUUGCUACGUCGGGUGAGAGCUGGGGAGGAUGUUUCCAAGAAUCCUGCUCCUCCUGCAGCUUCCUCUAAUAAAGAAGAGGAAUGGAAUAAAGGAGAAGAAGAGGUCGAUAUCGAUAAGGAAUUGGAGCGAGUAUUAGAAGGAAAGGGGCAAACGGGUCUGAGUCUCCCGUCGGCGCCGAAGGAGAUGAAAAAGGAGAAAAAGAAAGGCUCCAUGGCCCCGCCGCGGCCCGCGAGGAUGUCUCGAGAUGAGCUUCUCCAACAACUACGCGAGUCUCGCCGCGCGACGACCACGGAGGAGGCGCAGCCGGAGUCGGUGCUGGGGGCGCGGUUCAAGAAGCUCGGGGAGACUCCCAAGGUCGAGAAGAAACGGUGGGUGGAGCAGGAUACUAGUGGACGUCGCAAGGAGAUUCUACAGAUUACAGAUGCUCAGGGCAAGACCAAGAGAAAAAUGCGGUGGCUAGAUGCGCCUAAGGAUUCGUCGAAUGUGGCCACCGCGGUGCCGGGCCUGCUAGUUCCAAACAAGGAUGCUCAGCCACUUGGCAUGGAGAUACCAGUGGAAAUUGCAGCAAAGGCGAAGGCAGCUGAGAAACAGGAUGAGGAAGAGGAAGAUAUUUUUGCAGGAGUUGGGGCCGAUUAUAACCCCCUGGGGGAUCUGGGAGAGGAAGACGAAGAAGGUUCAUCGGAUUCCGACAAAGAUAUCCCCGGAGCAGCCAUCUCCACGACGACAGCUCCCCAAGGGACCGCUGUGCGACCGCGUAACUACUUCUCGACCUCAACGAGCGACGAGCCGACCGAACACAUCGAACGAUCGAAUCCCUUGGCGACGGAUCCCACGCUGCGGGCCGCGUUGAAGCGAGCAGCGGCGCUUCGACCGUCGGAGGGUGGAGUCGAGGGGACAGAGGAAGGCGAGGUUGACUCGGAGACGCUGCUACGACGGAAAAGAUUCCUGGAGGAAGCACAGCGCCGUGAGGCCCUGGACGUCAUGGACAUGGAUCUGGGAUUCGGCAGCAGUCGCAUCGAGGACGAGGAAGACGAGGAAGGGAUCACCUACGAGGGACGAGGCGGACUGAAGCGAAAGCGUGGGCCCAAGAAGAGGAAAGGAAACAAGGACAGCGUGUCUGACACGGUGCACCUUCGCCGCCGUGAAUUGACCAAACGCGAGGGGAGCCCCAAGCGCGGUGCUGCCUACAACGACGCAUCCACCGUGCACUCGCUCCAUGAGAACGGCAAGAUCGGCUGGGCCUAUGACUGGAACAUGUAUUCGAAUGGCAACCUGCCCGAGGGUGUCGAGUUCGUGCCCAUGCUCUGGGGCAGCAAGAUGUUCGGCGGAUGGUCCACGGCCGUUCAAACGGCGCUGGCCAGCGGCAGCUCCUAUAUUAUGGGCUUCAACGAACCCGACAUGGGCUCCCAGGCCGCUAUGAGCCCCGGGGAGGCUGCCAAAGCCUACAACCAAUACAUCACCCCGCUGAGCGGACAUGCUAAGCUGGUCACCCCGUCCGUCACCAACGGCGGCGGUGACGGCGUCGGUCUCUCGUGGAUGCGCUCCUUCCUGGACCAGUGCAGCGAGUGCGGUCUCAGCGUACUGGCCGUGCACUGGUACGGCCAGUCGGCCGACGAGUUCAAGAAGUUCGUCACCGAGGCCAUGGACCUGGCCCGACAAUACAACCUCAAAAGCACCUGGGUCACCGAGUUCGCUUUGAGCCAGGACAUAAGCGCCGGCACUGCUUCCGAGGCAUCCGCUGAGUUCCUGAACGAAGCCCUCCCCUGGUUGGAGGGCCAGGAUGGUGUCGGCCGUUACGCCUACUUCAUGUGUGCUGAUGGUUACCUACUGAACCAGGGAGGAUUGAGUAUCAGUGGUAAGGCCUAUGUUUCUUGA